AUGGUCAAGGCGCCCACUGCACCUAAAUGUAUCCCAGACUACGAGCCUAACAUCCCUGAGCCCACAUGCAGAGCUGAUCUUCUGAAAUAUAAGAACGACUGGAUUAACCUUUCCCUGGAUGACAAGACAGCCAAUAAGAUGCUGUGGAUCACAGAGGGUGGAUCCAAGGUGUCACGCAUGACCGAUGAUAACACUUGUCCCGUCCUGGACAGACCAGAGAGAUAUGAGCAUACCCCCCAGGUUCUUUGCAAAGAGGGGAUCUCGGGCUUCCGAGCUUACUGGGAGGUGAAAUACUCAGGAUGGGUGGUCGCUGGAGUCGCCUAUGAACGGGCUGGGAGGAGGGGAAGCGAUGGACAAUGUGGGCUGGGAGAAACUGAACAGUCCUGGGGUUUUGGGUGGGGUGGAUCCCACUACCAGCUGUGGUUCAAUGGCAUUAACACAGAAAUCUGCAAUAUUCCCCAGUGCACCACCAUCGGGGUAUACCUUGAUCAUCCAGCUGGUGUCAUCAAUUUUUAUGCAGUUGAAGAAGCAAAGGAGGGAGAGGGGUUCGAAGCCAGAAAGGAGAUCAGACUGCUGCAGCAGAUUAAGAGCUCCUUCAAGGGGAGAAUGUUGCCGGGUUUCUGGGUGGGACAAAUGUCCUCAUGUCUCUUAGUUAAACCAGAGGAGUAA